CUUCUCUCUUCUUCCAUUCCUCAUCCCCACCCCCAGGAAAUUUAUAACAAGACACAUACCAGAGCCAAAACCACAAACUCCUCCCCUCUCUCCUCUAUUCUCUUAGAUCUUUCUUUUCUCCUCUCACACAACCACAAGGAACUCCACUAGCUAUCAGUCUUAGCAAUACUACCACUACUUUUAUACUAUGGGUAGGUCUCCAUGUUGUGAGAAGGCUCACACAAACAAGGGAGCUUGGACCAAGGAAGAGGACCAAAGGCUCAUAGCCUACAUCAAAGCCCAUGGAGAAGGCUGUUGGAGGUCCCUCCCCAAGGCAGCAGGUUUGCUUCGAUGCGGCAAGAGCUGCCGACUCCGGUGGAUCAACUACCUCCGGCCCGAUCUCAAGCGCGGUAAUUUCACCGAGGAGGAGGACGAGCUCAUCAUCAAGCUCCAUGGCUUGCUUGGUAACAAAUGGUCUUUGAUAGCCGGGAGGCUACCUGGGAGGACUGACAAUGAGAUCAAGAACUACUGGAACACCCACAUCAAGAGGAAGCUCCUGAGCCGAGGCCUAGACCCCCAAACUCACCGGCCGCUCAACGGCUGCGCCACCUUCGCCGGCACCCAGCAACAAGAGGCCCCCGCCACCAUCGCUGCCAAGCCCGCAAACUCCGGUGACGAGGGCCGGAGCUCCGGCGCCAGCGUCGACGAGGACCGCUUCCCAGACCUCAAUUUGGACCUCUCAAUCAGCCUCCCUUCCCACUCUCCCAAAAGGUCCCCACCUUCAGAGCCCUCAGCAACAGCAGCACCUGCCGCCACAACGUCCGCAAAUAGUUACACUCAACCCAUUUGCUUAUGUUGCCAUCUCGGCUUUCAAAGCACUGAUGCCUGUGGCUGCCAAACCAAUCCAAACUCACAGUCACAUGUCUAUAGAUACAUCAGAGCAUUAGAAGAAGGGCAGCACAUAAAUUAGUCUAGUUAAAAAAAAAAAAACCCUUGUAUUGCUCUCUUCUUUCUGGAUCAUAUUACCCCACAGAGAAGAGAAAAUAUGUUUUGGUUUUUGAAAUGAUCAUCUAGACUCGGACCAAGGACUAGUCUGUUUGUUUA